AUGAAGAGCAGCAUCCACACUGCCACUCAACUAGACAGGGACCUGAAUGCCAUUGCGGAGGAGAGUGACCUGUUGGUGAGCUCAGGGAUUAAGAUGCUGAGCAGUGCAGACACAAGCUCUGAAUCAGGCCACAUUAUCCUCACAUGUAACGAGGGCUCCGCCAUUGCAUUUUACUAUGUCCUGGGCUACAUGGGCUUUCUGGCCCUGGCGACCUUCACCAUAGCCUUCCUGGCCGGGAACCUGCCCGAUGCCUUCAACGAAGCCAAGUUCAUCAAGUUCAGCAUGCUGCUUCCAGGCUCUGGGCAGUUUUGCUACGAAGACCUUCAACCCAUGGGUUACUUCCCUGGAGAUGUAGAGAUUGGCUUGUUUAUACCCCUCUGCUCACCUGAAGUGAGCCGUGUAACAGGAGCAGCGCAGUUUCGGAGUUUUCCUAAAAAGGCUUGUAGGGCUUUUGGAUGUAUUGACAAGAAUUACCAGCAAUACCUCAUGCCUAACUUCACUCUACGUGAGAUUAACAGGAAUCCCAAUCUGUUGCCCAACAUUUCCCUGGGAUGCCUUAUAUACAACUGCUAUUCCGGUGAAGAAAGGACCUUGGAGAGCUACCUGUGGUGGCUGUCUGGAACAGACCAGAUCAUCCCUAAUUACAACUGCAGAGAGCGAGGAAAGGUUGUGGCUGUCAUUGGAGGAGCCACGUCAGCUCUCUCUAUUGAAAUGGGGACCCUGCUUGACCUCUACCAUGUACCCCAGCUGCACUCCUACCUGAAGAACACCCAGUUUGAGAACGUUGUUGGUGAGCAGGUGUUUGUGGAUGAGAAUAGACGCAAAGAGGCUCACUAUGCCAUUAUGAACUAUAUAUACUUCAAUUUUUACAAUGAUCAUCUUCUGUAUGUGGGGGACUUUAUCCCAGAAGCUCAGCUCAGUCAAGAGUUUACAAUUUGUGCAGAUGUCAUCGUGUGGGACCCGUGGAGUUCAGAGAUUCCCUCUGCCAUAUGUAGUCCCAGUUGUCCUGCUGGAUUCAGGAAGUUGCCUUUGGAGGGGAAGCCUCCUUGUUGCUUCAGCUGCUCCCCAUGCUCAGAAGGAGAAAUCUCCAGCCAUAUGGAUGCUGAGCAGUGUAAGAAGUGCCCAGAGGAUGAGUAUCCCAAUGAGCAGAGAGAUCACUGCCUCCCCAAGUCUGUGACCUUCCUGGAUGUGAAUGAACCCUGGGGGACGGCAGUGACAGUUGUAGCUGUUUCACUCUCAUUGCUCACGGCCCUGGUUCUGUGGGUCUUUGUGAAGUUCCAAGACACUCCCAUAGUCCAAGCCAAUAACAGGAACCUCAGCUACCUGCUCCUCACCUCCCUUUCCUUCUGCUUCCUUUGCUCCUUGCUCUUCCUGGGCCGUCCCACAACUGCUUCCUGCCUUUUCCGACAAACAGUAUUUGCAGUUGUGUUCACAGUGGCUAUUUCCUCCAUUCUGGCCAAAACCAUCAUAGUAGUUCUGGCUUUCAGGGUGACAGGGCCAGGGAGCAGGAUGCGGAUGUUCCUUCAUCCCAGAGUGCCCUACUGUGUGGUUCUCAUCUGCUCCGGAGUCCAAGGGCUUUCCUGUGCCAUCUGGUUGGGGACCCAUCCCCCCUUUCCAGAAGCAGACACAAGCUCUGAAUCCAGGCACAUCAUCCUCACAUGUAACGAGGGCUCCGCCUUUGCAUUUUACUGUGUCCUGGGCUACAUGGGCUUUCUGGCCCUGGGCAGCUUCACCAUAGCCUUCCUGGCCAGGAACCUGCCCGAUGCCUUCAACGAAACCAAGUUCAUCACAUUCAGCAUGUUGGUGUUUUGCAGCGUCUGGGUCUCUUUCCUCCCCACGUAUCAGAGCUCCAAAGGGAAAGCCGUGAUGAUCGUGGAGAUCUUCUCCAUCUUGGCCUCCAGUGCCGGGUUACUGGGCUGCAUUUUUAUUCCCAAAUGUUUUGUGAUUCUUCUGACAUCAUGGGAAAAUAACACAAAACAGACCAAGAAUCAAAGGAGUUCCAGGAGCAAGAAUUCUAUUUUUUUUUAAUUUGAUAUCUUUGUUUUCCCCCGUUCCAUAUGAAACAACAUUUUAAACUUUUUUUUAAUGCUUUGACUUCCGCAUUCUCUCCCUUCUUUUCCAACCCCAGAACCAUUGAGAUAUCACAUGUGCAGUUACACAAAAUAUUUAUACAAAUGUCUUGUUGAGAAAUACAUGU